AUGCGCAUGGCCCAGGUGUGCCACCGCUUCCACUCCCUCGUCUGCUCCCACCUCCGCUUCCUCGACCUCUCCUCCUCGGGCGCGCACCACCACCACCACCACGCAGACUGCGACUCGGCCGCCCAGCAACAGCCCUCGACCAAGCUCGCCCAGCUGGCCGAAGGCCUCGAUCGGUUCCUGCAGCACCUCGGCCGCAACUGCCACAACCUGCGCGGCUUGGUGCUGCCGCCGAAGGUGACCUCUGGCGUCCACCUCGAGCGGGUGGCGGGCAUGAAGGGCCUCACCUCGCUCUCCCUCUACGGGUGCUCAGCCGUGAGCGACGACGACCUCGCGCACCUGGCGGCGUUCACAGGCCUCGAGCGCCUGCACGCCUGCGGGACCUACACCACCUUGGAGGGACUGGCGUGCCUGCCCUCGCCGGCCCGCGAGACCGCGGUGGUGCACCAGGAGCACAGCCUGUUCAUCUUUCCGGGCAUGACUGAGGCUCUGAGCAUGCAGAGGAAGGGCAUCUCCUACAAUCCGUUCAGCCUCUUCUCCACGUCGCUCAUCCCUUCGAUCCACAAGAAUGUGCGAAGAAUGCACGAAACCAUCGCGUGGCUCGAGAAGCGCCAGAUGGUGCUGGACCGGCGCAUCCGAGACAAGGACCACUACGCCAAGCACUACAUCCGACUCAACGUACACUUCGAGCCCGCCCGGCAUCUUAGCUAUUACAAGAAAUGGUUGAUGUCGGUUUGGAGCAAAGAGAGUGACUUGUGUGAGGGGCAGGAGCGGGAGAAGGCGAUGGCGGCCCUGCGCAGGAAGAAGAUGUACAUGCGGCAGCGGGAUCGCAUCGACGCCGCCGGGCGCCAACUGGCCGACUCGCUGCUGGCGUUCCAGAUCGUGCACGACCUCGGCCUCAUCCGCUCACGCUGGUGGGGGUGA